AUGGCAGACCCGAGGCCAGAUAUCUAUAAUGGCCAUCCUUACGGCGCCCCGAACCCCGCCCCGAGGGGCGGGCAGCCGCCGCCAGCAACGAUGGGCUUCACGAGACCCUUCACCCUCGACGAAGCACUCCCAUACACGCCCUUCUCUUCCAUCGUGCCCUUCAACUCGGGCGUACUUCCAUCACCAUCAAUUGGUUCGGCUACACCAGCGCCGCCAGUGACCGACCUCAUACCGGCCCACGACUUCGCAACAUUAAACCAAGAGGCUGCCGCUCAGAAGCCACCCUCUAGGCGCCUUCAACAAGCUGUCGGCCAAGUUCAGCAUUUACUAGAACGAGGAAACAUUCCCGAGUUCAAGUUCAAGACAGGCCCGAAGGCUCCCCCAAGCUCGACCGACACUCCGAGGCCACCCUCGCUUGCCGCCGCCCUUAUGCCCUUUUCCAAAAUGGUUCACGAUCAGAUUUCGAUACCCUUCAGGUAUCCGACACCCGAUACGCCCUCUCUCACGACAGACGGUCUAGCAGACGCGCUCAACACUCCGAGCCCCGUAACGCCAAUUAAUCGGCAGGCUCAUACUCAGAACAAGGCGCGGUUCGAGAUCGUCUUGCCGACCAAGAGUCAACUUGAAGCCGCAGCCGCGGCGCUCAACGAACCCGCCGUGGAUGCGAAAAUUGCGGGCGCGCCCACUGCUAUCCGGCUUGCUGACAUCCCGCCAUAUCCCCAGCCACAGGUGCCACCGUUAGCGUCGUCUCAUCCGGCCGACAGUACGAAACAACCGGUCCCAGAUGUGCCAGCGAAAACGCCAUCGUCCCAGACGCUAUCUGCUUCCCAGAGGGCCGCCAUAGCUAUCGAGCUUCCGAACGCGACCAAGUUCAACAAAGAGGAGUAUUUGGUGGUUCCGGAUGAAUCUGACGAGCCGACGAAUCUAUCACUAAAGAGGGGGAAGCGGGAAGACCUCGACGGCGAUGACCUCUACGGAGAUAGUCUAGACAUGCGUCAGAGAGCGGAUGCGGCUCUACACGAAUUGAGGCUCUUCCUCCACAAUGCAUUCCAGGCUGAAGGCCACGCCCUGGCGCAGCAAUACGGUAACGAGAUGGCCAUACUCGUGGCGGACAACGAAGCCACCCUGACGGCGGCCGCCCAAUCCAAGGCACAAACUUUACUCGCGAAAGCUAUAUCGCUGAACUGCUACAAGCGGGUCCCGCUUGACCAGCUUCUCCGUCUCCUCCGGCUGUCAGAGGGUGCGCUGAGACAGGUUGACUCACUGGAAAUCAAGGUGGACGAGUCGUGGGGCGCUGCUGAAGUUGAUCAGUGGUUCCAGCAGCUCCCGCUCCUCGAGACUGCUAUGCGGGCGGCGCGGACGUCGUUGAGGAUGAUGUGCGGUGACCGAGAAGACAAGCAGCUUUACCCGGAAGACGUCAUCGAGCGAUGCCUCAACUUGUGCAAGCGCCUGAUCGACGGCGUCGUCCUCCCCAUCGUGGAACUGAGAAGUACUCAGAACACGGCCGAGCUAUUUAGGGCGAUAUCUUCAAGUAAAAAGAAGAUCAUUGCCCUCUUUACGGACUGCCAGAAACUCUUCUCCCUCAUGUCGACUUUGAUUUCCAAGGUCGACACUUCUGAUACCGUUACCAACACCCUGGAGUUUGCCGCAUCGCGGCUGAUUUUCAUGGAGACCGCCAACGCCGAGAAGGAUUCUGUCAUUGACACGCAAAAGUUUGACGGACUCCGCUUGGUUGCCAUGGACAUGCUUUCGCAGAUUUUCCUACUGAACCCCUCCCAGCGCCAAGGGAUCUUUGAUGAGAUUCUCACCUCCCUGGAGAAGCUUCCUCUCGGAAGGCGGGCCCGGACGUUCAAGCUCGUUGAUGGAAACAGUAUCCAGCCUGUUUCCGCCCUCAUCAUGCGCCUUGUCCAGACGAGUGCUGGAAAAGUGGAUGAGGGCAAAGGCAAAACCCGGCGCGGUAUGGCUGCCGAGGAUGAACAAGACCUAAACGGCGCCCAGCAUACGACGCAAGAGUCCUUCACGAUCCGUGACGAGGAUCACGGAGCUUCGCAACACUCCACCGCCAUCCAGGAACUUGAUAGCAUCGCGACAUCGCUACUAGACACCGCCAAAGCCAACGCUUCGUACGUUAUCAAGUUUAUCGUUAACAGGGCACUCAAGUCUACCAAGUCCGGUGAUACGCCUUACCGAAAUCUGCUCGAUCUUUUUGUCGAGGACUUCACAACCUGCCUCGACAACCCGGAUUGGCCGGCCUCUGAGCUGCUCCUUCGGCUGCUCAUGGUUAUGAUGGUCAACCUGGUGGAGAAUGACAAAUCAGGUGUUCCAGCAAAGAACAUGGCUCUCGAGCUUCUGGGGAGCAUGGGCGCCGCAAUCUCCAAACUUCGUGGUCACGUCAGGAAGGUUGCAAGUGCUCUGGAUGCUAGGGAUGCGGAUGAAUUGGGAAUGUUCCUCUCGGAGCUCGCAGCUUCAGCCCUAGAGUUGAAGUCCCGCCCCGACCACAUGGUGGCUUGGACCGGUCCCUAUCGAGCCACGCUCGAAUAUCUCGAGAGUCGCUUCUCCGAGGACCCGCACUUGGCGAGCGCUAUCGCGUUCAUCAUAUCUGACUGGGGCGCCAAAGUCUGUCUUUGCUACGACUCCUUUGAGGACGAUUUCCGUGAGCGAGAUCAAGAGUUGGGUCGGCUGGCCUACCGCCUUCGCGAGAUGGUUCAGGACCGCCGCUGGUUAUCCAACGAAUAUUCGUUCAAAAACGUCAGAAUCAGUCAAGCCAAGCUGUCCUAUUCCAUCACACUACUUCGAUCCCAGCUCUGCGAGGCCUUCAGCGGUAUCUUGAACAUCCUCCUGAACUCGAUGGCUAGCGACCAGCCGACAGUGAGGAGCAAGAGCUUGAAGAGCAUUAACCAGGUCUUGGAAACCGAUCCUUCUAUCCUGGAUGGCGACUCGGUGGUUGUGCAGCUGAUUCUUCGGUGCUCUAAUGAUUCGUCCACCCAAGUCCGUGACUCCGCCCUGGGGCUCAUCGGAAAGUGCAUCGGCAUGCGGCCAGCACUGGAAGAGAGGAUGACGGAAACUGUGGUCGACAGGUUCUCUGAUGCCGGCCCGGGCGUACGGAAGCGAGCCAUGAAGCUCGCGAAGGACAUUUACCUUCGCAACCACAACAGGGUCCUCCGCAGCGCGAUUGCUAACGGCUUACUCCACCGCGUUCAGGACCCGGAAGAGAGUGUUAGAGACCUUGCCCGCCAAGUAAUCGAGGAGAUUUGGUUCAACCCCUUCCACAGCGGCGAAAACUCGACGGCGUCUCAAAUCUCACUCGCCGAGCAUGUUUCUCUCAUGGUCCAGACCGUUAAAAGAGGGAGCGUUGCGACCGUCCUCGACAAAGUUCUCCAAACUCUCUUGGCGCCAGAGUCGAAGGCCGCAGCGGCAUCCAUGGAAGUGUGCACGAAGCUGGUCGCGAGUAUGUUCGAUCUCGUUGACAACGGCGAUUCCAACGACCCAUCCACUCCAUCCGGGCGUGACGUCCUCCAGGUCCUAAUGAUUUUCGCCAAGGCCGAAGCAAGUCUCUUCACAUUCGAGCAGUUGCGUCUCCUGAAGCCGCACAUUACGAGCAUUAGCAGCAGCGAGGAUCUGGCAGUGUCUAGGGCAGUAGUGGUCAUCUAUCGCCGUGUCCUCCCACAACUUUCAAGCGCCCACGCCCAGUUUCUUGCGGAUGUGCGCAAGGAGUUACUGCCAGUUGUCUCCAAGGUUACCCGGGCUUUGCUUGACGAUGUCAUGGCGUGCUUGUGGAUCAUCAGCACUCUGCUCGAGACUUCGGAACAUCUUGCCCGGUUAGUGCUGUCCAGCUUGACCGCCAUUCAGAAAUUGCGCAUCAUGAGCCAGAGAGAUCCCCUUGACCAGCUCAAGACCCGCCAGUUCGACCGGUACUCGCUGAUUGUGGGUAUGGCCGGGAAGCACUGCAAUCUUGAUAGCCACCUGGAACUGUUCAAGAAAGGGUUCCCCAAGUGGAACGGAGAUACCGCAUCAAAGCUCAUGGUCGAUAUCGUGGUGCCUUUCGCUGCUCCCGCCCAGCCUUUGGACGUUAGGAAAGCAGCGCUCGAUUCGGUUGGCCUAGUCUGCCAGGCAUCGCCGCGAAACUACGUGUCUGCCAACAUCUACACCACGUUCCAGCAGGUAUUUGACGACCAAGUUCCAGCUUUAGAGUCGAUGAUCCUGCGGUCUCUCAAAGAGUUCCUCUUCACCGAGGAAACACGCUCUGAGCAGGCAUCCGAGGCACCUACGAUCAACGGCUCCAAGUCUGAGAAGAAGCGCGAGCUUACCGUCAUUGGAGGCACCAACUAUGACGACGUUGCAAGUGCCACGACUCAUCGAUUCCUGAGAGAAGUGACUCGUAUUGCUACCUCGACGCAGGAUGACCAUGCCUUCCUCGCCGUGGAGGUGCUUGCCAGCAUUAACCGACAAGGUCUGGUGCAUCCGAAGGAAACGGGCGUGACAUUCAUCACUCUUGAGACCUCGUCAAACGCUCGUAUCUCAGAGCUUGCCUUCCUCGAGCAUAAAUCUCUCCACGGAAAGCACGAGACAGUUGUCGAGCGCGAGUAUGUCAAGGCGAUACAAUCGGCAUUUGCGUACCAGCGUGACAUUGUUAAGGACCCACGCGGCGCUACCGCCAAUCCUUUUACGCCCAAACUUCAUCUACUGAUGGAGGUGCUCAAAAUCAGCAAGUCGAAAAAUCGCCAGAAGUUCCUCGAGAAGUUUUGCACUCAAGUCGACUUUGACAUCUCCAAGCUCGACAUCUCGGAGGAGAUCCCGCCUCACGUGCAGUACUCUCGCUUCAUCGUCGAGAACCUCGCGUUCUUUGAGUACGUUACCGUUGGCGAGCUGCAUUGCAUAGUCUCCGCAAUGGAGAAGCUAGUCACCUCGACCGGCGCCACCAUCGCGCAGGCAAUCGAGUCUGAAGUCUUCCAAGUGCGCAUGGAUGUCAUCGAGCCGACCCCCUCCCAACAACAACCUCAACCUGAGCUUACUCAGUCUGCCGGGGAAGCUCAACCCCCACCGGAACCGCUGCUUGCUACCCAGGCAGAGCCCACCAUCGACCUGCCCCGCCUACGCCAGCUUACGGCCGGCUCUAUGGUCCUCCUCGCGCUCUGGGAAGUCCGCACCUACCUACGCCGGCUCUACGGCAUGGGCACGACCAACCGCCGCGAAGGGAAGGGCAAGCUGCAGCCCAAGGACCUGUCCAAGACCCCCGUCAAGGUACAGGGCAUUACGGGCGACAAAGUGUGGGAGGAAAUGGCCACCAUCAUGACCGCGCUCACGGACCGCGCUCGGAUGAUGGGGACGUGCAAGGCCCUGAUCGAGCUCAUGAACGUGGACAAAGAGUUUCUGGUACCCGCAGAAGAGGAGGAUGACCUGGAUGCGGAUGCGGAUGCGGAGGCGGAUCCGCUGGGCUUGGAGAGCGGGCUGGAGGACGAUGACAUGGCCGGACAGCAACAGCCCGCCGGCAGGGGCAGGAAGCGCAAAGCUCAGGGUGGCGCCGGCCCGAAGAAAAAGAAGGCGCGAUCGAGCUCGCAGGAGCCGAAGAAGAGAGGCCGCCCGAGAAAGCAGAGCGGCGAGGCGCUGCAGCAGCCGCAGGGACUGUUGCAAGAUGGGGAUGGGGGGUUUGAUGAGGGGGGCUGGUUCUGAGAUUGUUUCUGCGGAGCUGGGACCAAGAUAUUUUCGUGGUCUCCUUUCGUUCCGUUCCGUUUCACUUCGUUUCGUUUCGUUUCG